AUGAAGAACAUGAACCUGGACUACCAGAGUGAACAAACGAAUGUACCCCCGGUUGCGCCGGAGGGGGACUUGAAUAACUUACCGCUGAAGGGAAGCGACAAAGACAAGAAAGAUAAUAAGCAUAAAACGGAAAAGAAGGAUCAGAAGGAAAAGAAAGAAAAGGGAAAAACAAAAUCCAAGACAGUUAACCAACAAAUGGAAAAUGAAAAUGCCCACUUGUACAAUUCACAAGGUGGAAUUCUCUCCUCCCAAGGGAAUUGUAAAUUUAUAAGUAGUGACGCAUCUAGGAUGACUAAUGAACUGAGUAAAAGUGCUGACCUCGAUAGUACCUAUGCUUACAGGUAUAAUAUGUGUGCAACGACUGCUAGUAGUAAUAAUGAAAGCAAUAAAGAGAAUUUAGUGCUACACGAUGUUGCAGAUGAUAAAAAUAAUUUUCUGCACCCAACGGUGUGUAAUGUGGAAGGAACCAUUGGGGUAACACCUUUUAGUGAAGCCUGUAUAUUUCCGCACAUAAAUAACACAAUGGAACCUCCUGGUUUCGCACAUUUGAAUAAGUCCCAUGGGGGGAGAAAUAACAUGGUCGAUGAUAUAACGGACGCAGCAAACGUGGGCAGCAUUAUAAGCGACUGUUAUAGUGGAGGGGUGAACAGGAGGGACAAUGCAAUAAUCGCGGGUGAUAAUUCCAAGUACGAUGAGUGUGGCGAGCUCUACAGCAGUACGGGCGGCGCCAAUCGCACUUGGAACUACGUAAGCGGUGUGAACAGCAUGCACAAUUUAAACAGUGCGAACUCCCCCAGUGAGCACCCACACAGUGGGUUGAACUCCUGCGCGGGCAGUGUGUACGAUGGUGUAAGUACAACCAGCAGCAAUGUGAAAUCUUCCUCAUGGAAAAGUGCAGCCCACAUGAGAAAUACGAAUAUGCUCGGUUUGACCAUCGGGGAGCAGAUUAGCAUUGUGAAUAGUGCACCCAUGAAAGGUGGUAGCUCUAGGAAGAAAACGAAAGGUGCGGACGAUUUAGCAGAUAGGGAAGUCUCCAUGCAACCUGAAGAGAUAUUUGCAAAUUUGAACAGAUUAAAUGUGGACGAAAUGGGAACACAUGAUGAUGUGAUGAAGGAGAAAAAUGCUAUGGACUUAUUUCAUUAUGAAAAUUUUAGUUUGGAUAAUGGUAUGUAUAAUCUUAUGGGUAGGAAUAUGGAUCAUCAAGGUAAAUCUGUCUCCGAAAAUUGUGGUACGAUCACCACGACGAUGCCUGCUAUGAUGGAUGGUACCAGCAACUCUCCUAAUGGUAAUCACAAUGUAAUGAAGAAUAACGUAGGUAUUACUGAAUCCAGGAAUAUUGUUACACCACCGGGGGAUGAUCUUGCCCUUGCCGAGGUUAUGAGGCAUAACAGAAACUAUGAGGAUUAUACAAAAAUGUCUUCCACCUUCAAAAGUAACCCAACUAGCGAUUUGGAAAAGUAUAUGCCGGGCCUGGUAAGCAGCAACGGUAAGGAAAACGGGAAAGGAAGCUUUUACAACUCCUUUUUAAGUAAUGCAAACGAGGGGGAUAAACUUUUCAAUGGGGAUGACUCGGAAUGUGCGUCUAUUUAUAUGGCCAAGGAUAAUGUAGAGGAUCGCCACGACAGUAGUGGGGUGUAUGUCAAUGUGGGUAGCGACAAUGGUGUACAUGAUGAGAAAAAUUUUAAGACAAAAAAUUUAAUCAAAGAGCAAAUUUUAAACUAUGCUAGGCAUGCGCAACAUGCUAAUCAUUUGCAGCAUGGUAUUCGUGCAGUUCAGUCCAAUCACGUGAGUUACAACCAGAGCAAGCUGCAUACGUCUAAAAUGGCAUUUCCGAUUAUGGGACAAGAGAGGAAGGUAAAGAAAAACCAGAGUGAAGAUUUAAAGUUCAUUAAUAAAGAUCGCUUCUUCUUUCGCAAUGGUGAUAGCCUAUUCAAGGGAGAUGUGGAUGACGAGUUUGCCGCGUUGAUCAAUAAAAAUUUUAAAGGCAAAAAUGCGUGUGCAGAGAAGAGUGUGCACAGUGUGAAGCCUGCGUAUAUGACCACCGACAGCACCAUAUACACAGCCAAUAACGCUGUUAGUAAGAACAAAAAUGGAGGGCAAGAGGAUGAUGACGAGGAGGAGAAUGGCCAUUACUGUGAUAAUGAGAAUGGGGAUGAUUUGAGCAGACGUUGUGGGGAUGGAGUUACUGGACCGUUUAACUUCGAGAACGAGGUGCAUAAAAAUUGUGAAAGCGUUAUCGGUCCUUAUAAUUACGAUGAAGAAAUGCAUAUCAAUUAUGAGGACCGUUUGCAUUUGAACUAUGAUGAUGAUCUGUUCAGUAGGAACACACUGCAUCUGAACGUGAAGGAUGAUGAUAUUGGAAAUGCAAGCUAUUUCGAAAAGAGCUCCGAUUUUGAAGACAAUGUGGCGCAGCUACAGAAAGAUUUAGAUUUUUCUGUCAACCUAAGCAGCAUAAAUAAUAAUAUGUCUUUCUUAAAUUUUGACGACUCGGAAGAAAAGGACUGGAAGUACGAACAGAUGCAUGACAUAUUUUCCACUAAGGGGGAUGUCCAUGUGGGUAACGACGAUCACCAUUCUCUUCAUGCAAAAGGCACAUUAACAAACUCUUUUCCUUUUAACGAUGAUAACAGUAGCAGCGGUUACAACCUGGGUGGAGGCAGAAAUUUUGGCCUUAACGCUUGUAAUACCGUUUUUGCUAGCCCCGCAUAUAGUGAACCCAGAAAUUUUGACGACAAAUCAAUUUUUAACCCAGCGGUGGAAAGCAGCAAUCAGUGCAAUAAUGGUGUGAAAAAAAAUGUAAUGAAUAAUAAUAUGCUUUUUGUGAAUAACAGUAAUUUAAAUAUGAAUUGGAGGAAUGCUCAUUCUGUGAUACGAGAAAAGUGUACAAAUGAGGAAAGCACAUACGGAAGAAAUAAUGACACUAUUAAUAGCAACUUAAUUAUUGAGGAACAUAAUGCUUGUAAUAAUGAGCACACACUGAUGGAUGACAAUCAUUUGGGCAUGACCCAUAACGAUCAUUCAUUAGAGAAUAAUACCACCAGCUUGGCAAACAACAAAAAGGUAUUACAUAGCGGUUGUGUGAAUACGACAUGUGCUAGCGUGAGUGAAAGCAUCCCCGCUUUUACUCUUAGCAAGAGUAAAGGUGCACACAGAAGAAGUGAUCAUCUUAAUGAUGAAGUUGAUUCUGCUUUGCAUAGCGACGGAGAGCACAUGGAGAAGGAGCACUCCCGCAGCACUUAUUCCAAUGCGAUAACGAAAAACGGUGGAGAGUUGGUCGGAAUAAAAAGCAGGACAGUACAUUCCUCUGGUUUAAGCCGAAAAGGUAGUAUGAACAAGGAAGGGGUUACUGAUAGCACCUUGGAAGACAACGCCAAAAGGGGUGGUAGCAAUGCGAAGAGAAAUGAAGAGACCAACCCAGCUGAACAUAUCACCGGUGAUGUUACAGUCGAGUCGGUAAUUGGCAAGUGCGGAAAAAAUAGCAACAACGGUAGUAGUAACAACAAGAAUAGCGUCAAAGGGGUCGGCAUGGUGCAGAACAGUCGGUCAAGGGAAAGUGCAACGGAUUCAAGAAGCGUACGAAAAAUGAACACAAAUGAUCAGAGUAUCAACAUAAGCGGCAUGGAAAAUGUGCAGCUAAAGAAUGCUAGUAAUUUUAGCAAUGACAGCACCAAUAGCACCAGCAGCAGCAGGAGUAGGAGUGAUGGAAGUAAUAGAAGUGGUAGAAGCGGAAGAAGCAAUAGAAGCAACAGGAGCGGCAGGAACGAUCCCGUCGAGAGUAAUGGUCAAAACCAAAAGAGUAUCAACCCCGUCGCAAGUGAGUUGAACAAAACUAGCAGCCAGAACAACGGCUUCAUGAACGCAGAAUACAAGAACAAAAUGAUCUCUCCAGAGUACAACACGGAGCCAUUAAGUUAUGAGCAUAUCAAGAAUGACAAACACUCGUUCAAAAACGAAAUGGUAAGAAAUAACAAGUCGAGAAGUAGUGCCUUUUUAAAUUUUGCCUCUACUAAUUUUGCCCGUACGAAUUCCAAUGAACACACAAGUAAUGUCUUUAUGAAUGGUUUAUAUAACCUGUAUGGAAGGGGAAGAAGUCAUGUGAGGAAAUAUUUCCAAUCGGGGCUGAAUGAUGGUAAUAGAAGUGCUAGGAGUAGUAAGUAUGGUAGCAACAAUUUAAUGAUCAAUCGAAACAGCCUUGACUCGUACACAGGUGGAAAUGAUCUGAACAGCACCAAGGCGGCCAUGAAUUUAAAUCGCACAUUUUUGAACCAGUCUAAUUGUAACAACCGUGUGUAUCGUGCGAGCAACGAGAAAAAGAAAAAGGAGUCCUUCCUACCCAUUACUAACAGCCCGUUAGGAAAUGCUCAACGAAUAAAUUUAUUAACUGCUGAAAAGGGAAAGAACGAUAUGGUAGAUAGUCCCCUUUUGAGCUUUAACAAGCAAAAUGUAAGAGGUAGCUACCCUCUGAAGGAUGAUCACUUAGGACCCAUUAAUACUAGUAUGAGUAGCAAAGCGAAAGACGAUAUUUUCCAUCUCAACGACACAGUGGAAAACUUUGGUGUGAAUAACCAAUCGGCCAUGUACAACCAUCCAAUGGAUCCAGGCGAAAAUGUGUACAGUUGCAUGAGUGAUCAAAAGGUCUAUUAUGAUAUGAACAAGCAGCAGAAUGGCCUGUAUAAAAAUGGCACUAAUGUGGAAAAACUCGUUUUUAAGAUGAAUGACCCUAAUGGUAGAUGCUUCUAUGGCAAUGUAAAAAAUGUUCACGGGGAUGAAAAGGCAGCCAAUGUAAAUCUGAUUGGAAAGAAUGAAUACCUGUUUAGAAAUAUAAAGGAGGAUAUGUAUAACGAGGUGAAACAUGUGCAGGAAAGCGAACUAAAGUAUGGCCCCUUGAGUGGUGCACAACGCAAUGGAGCUAGUAUCGGCGUAGACAUGAUCCCACCUGGAGUGGGCCCUGCCAAGUGCCCCCCAAAUAACGCCAACAUUUGCGAUAACCUAGUGGAGAGCGAUCACUUGAAAAAUUUAACCGAUAGCAUGAGUCGAUUCGAAAACGACGUCGAGUUUAUACUGGAUGAAAAUGAAAACUUCGAGGGCGAUUCUAAAGCGACUCUGAAAAAUGACAAAAUUAUACAACUGCAAAAUAUAAUAAACAGUCUCAAGUUUAAGAACAAGCAGCUGGAGAAGGAACUGACUGAGGUGAAAAAUAUGCAACUGAAAAAAAAACAAAGUCUGAUAUUAAAUAGUCUAAGUAAUAAAAAUGAUGACAUUAGUAGCUACUCAACUUAUAAAGACGACACGAAUAACUCCGAUUGCGGAAGUGCAGACAAUUCUAACAGGUAUGUUCAGAACUUUUUAAAUGAUAAGGAGAAGUACAAUUACGACACGAAGAUUUCCAUACAAAAGUUUCAUUUGGCCUAUACAAAUAAUUCUAUUGGGAAAUUAAAAAUAGCUGCUCAGAGAGACAUUAGUGGCUCCUUUAUGGGUCCCAAGGGGAUACACGUGAAAACGAUUAAAUCGUCUCUUCACAUUUCUGUGUACAAAAGUGCAAAGGAUGUUUGGUUUCCAGGAUUUGCAGAUAGCCAUGUGUUUUUAUUAAAAGGAAAUAUUUUUGGUAUUUUAAGAGCAUGUCAAUUAUUGUACCAUUAUGUGAAGUCCAAAAUGUCUUCUUCCAAAUGUUGCAUAUAUUUGGUCGCUCCGUUUGAAUGUGUGCAGAAGUUACUGGCCGAUGGGUGCAAGCGAAUGGCAAUUAUUAAGGAAGAGUGCGGGGCUGACGUCCGAUUAGGCAAUUUGUACGUACAGGUACAUGAGGGCUUUACGGAGCGCUUAAUGGAGAUACGGGGAAAUGAGGUUAAUGUGGAUUGCGCAUUGGAGAAACUGGUCAUUUUUAUGCAGUCCUGCUUUUCGGUGCAGUCUUACGACUAUGAGUUGCUCAAGUAUCCUUGCCGGUCGGUGCUGAAUUUGCAGUGA